CAAUCCUGCUCAAAAUGUUACCGACGACCGUCGAACUUCGAGGACCAGUUAUCGCCUUAUUACUCGGCGCCUGGCCGCAAACCGCUACUCGAGCCUGGCGGUUCAAUUCCACUUUCUGUCUCUCAACCACAACUCUUUCACGCAAAGCGAUCAUUCAUACGAGAUAACUGGGUCCGUAUAUGUUUUUCUCUUCUCGACGCUUUCGGAACUGGACACUCGCGGUCAUGGUGAUUCAUAAAGACGAGAAGCAACCGGCGUCCAAAGAAGUCACGAAGGCUGCAUCAGUGCUAUCCUCGGAGCCUGGUGGCGCUUGCUUCCGGGACAUAGCAAAGAUUGUCGUCGGCCCCGAGGAAAGAGAAUUCUUGAUCCACAAGGGUCUUCUCUGCCACUACUCAGAGUACUUCCGUGGUGCCUUGAGCGGAUCGUUCAAAGAAGGUCUUGAAGGAGCUGUCCCGAUGCCACAAGAAGAUCCAUAUCUGUUCGAGAUUGUCGUGUCUUGGUGCUAUACUCGCAAAUUACAAGAUAUGGCAGACAAAGCUGGCUCGGAAAUGGAUUACCUGGACCUCAUAAAUCUCUGGAUCUUCGGCGACAAACACAUUAUUCCAGCACUCCAGAAUGCUGUCAUGGAUGCUUUUAUGCAAAAGAACGCGGCAGUGAAACAUAUACCCUCCUGUUACAUCUUACACAUCUACGAGAACACCAUGCCUAGAUCACAGAUGCGUCGAGUCGUGAUAGACUUGGUCGCAUAUACCGGAGGUCUCGAUGAAUACGUGGAAUGUACAGAAGAGAAGGAAUACCGCCACGAAGAGGCUUGGGGCGACCUUGUACUUGUUCUGGACAAAAGGGACCAGAAGGCUUGCGAGUUGAACGCAUUACCGAAGAGAGGAAAGUGCUACUACCACGUACACAAUGAUGGGGAGAGCUGCAAAUAGAUGCGCGCGAAGCUUCGCGUAUCAUCAAGAUAAUUGAAGCAAGAUGAGUGCUCUAUCUUGCUCAGAUUUAUGGACAGUCCGCCCAGUCGCGCAAAACACUUACCUCUUGACUCAGAGAAUACGACACCAAGACUUGACAUUUUGCUACGAAAAGCGUGUGCCUCGGAUUCGAUCA